UUGCUUGUGACUGGCAGCCUGUGCUAACUGCUAAUUCUUCUCUUCGUAAAAAAUAAUUUUCAUCAUAUCGCGAGAAGACUGGACACGUAAAAUCAUGACGACAUCAUCACAAAUCUAGUCUCGUGUCUCGACCGCUUGGCAAGAUGUUCUCUCAGCAAGUCAGAACUGUUAUAUCCAUUAUUCUGCAAACUUUAAAGCUAAAUUUCUAAACAAGUUGAUGUUUUUAUGUACAUAUGUUAUUUUAUGUGUUGAGUUGUUUUUAAUUAAUUCCUACGGCUGUCUUUGAGAGAAUUCGGCAAAAUAGAGUCAACCACGUGCGUGUUUCUGUUGAAGCCUUGAAGUUGCUGUAUAAUGUCGAGCAUCGUUGGGUCAAUUGCAAACAAUGAACAACUUGGCAAAGCUUUUUAUGAACUUUUCAGCAAUUGGGUAGUUGUUCUGUUCAAAGCCAUCAAAAGCCAGACAAUUUAUUAAAGAAUUUCAGCCAUUCUAGUGAAUGCAAAUCUGUUCCUCUUCUUCAAAAUACUGAGAACACUGAACAACUGUUUUUGCCAAAGAUCCCACUUUCAGAAGACAAAAAAUUUGAACUCCAAACUUCGAUGAAAACCAAUGCUGUCGAUUCCACUCUUGGUCGACCUCGUUAUCAAUGGGAGCAGUCUAAAACCGAUACAUCAAGUAGACGGCCAAAUAGCAAAGAGAAGAACGAGCUUUUUUCAGUUUAUGUUGGCAAUAUACCCGUGGAUAUAACUAAGUAUGAAUUGGAUGAUCUGUUCUGUGAUGCUGGCAAAGUGGUUGAUUCCUUUAUUGUUUCACCUACAAAUGGUCAUUCAAACACUUAUGGAUUUGUUCGUUUUCGCACCUUAAAAGAGGCUUAUGAAGCUGUAGAACAAAAAAAUAACAAUUUCGCUGGAGGGAGGCAGAUAGUUGUCCAGCUCUCAUCUUCAACCAGAAAUAAGUUGGAAGCUGAUCCGAAAGUAAAAGAUGAUGAUAGGCCGUUGCUACAAAAAGAAUAUCCAAGAGUUACACAAAGUUCAAUAGAAAAGGAAGAAAACGCAAUCAUUCAAAAGAUCAAAGCAAGUGUGAAAAGGUUUAAAAAUAACAACAAGUUAAAUGGAGAUAAAAACGUAGAACAGGUGUUCAGAAACAUCCAGAAUAUUAUUAAAAUGACUAUCAAUUAUCCCCUGUCUUUGACUGAACCAUCUUAUGAAGAUGAGAUUCCUUGCCGUGGUCAGACUUGCAUGGCGGAACGACAUGUCGAGUGUCCUGUAGUAACCACUCCUCAAUCUGCACGUACAUCUGACGUUCGCUUUUCCGCGUUUCAAGAUGACGAAAAAUCUCUUAAAACUGCAGCUGUUACAGGCGGAUUACCUGCCCAAACCCUUGUUGACCGUAAUUCUCCUGAAAUUUUAUCAUCGCGCAGAAGGAAAAAAGUUCUGGAGUUUUUGGAUUCCAGUUCGGGAGAAGAGACCAUGUUGCAUUCCCAAUUAAAAUCUUUUCCCGAAAAAUCACCGAAGAUGCUAAACUCUUCUGGGUCUAGCUCAACCGACGACGAACGAUGCAUGAUUAGUAAUAUACGAGGCAAGUACUCGUCGAAAGAAAAAGAAUCUAUUUUUUUCAAUGACGUAAGCUAUAAUGCUGCAAAUACUUCAGUUGUCGAAGAUAAUUUUGUCAGUAGUGUGCCGAAUGGAGCAUUUUGCCAAAAAAUUGACGAGAAGAAGGUUGCGUAUAGCUCCUUUGAACUUUCAAGUAUGUCAUUACAUCAAGGCGCAAAACAAGUAUGUGUUGAAAAGAAAGUUGACAUAAAUGAUAAUGUAAAUAAUAUGUCGACUAUUGCCAGUGUUACACCUUGUGAUACUUUCAAUGAGAUUGCCGAAAGAAAUGGUUUUAAUGAAAAUGUUGUCAGAAUUUUCCAAUGAAACAAUUCCUAAAC